CACGACCUGAGCCAGCCAGCCAGAAGCCUCCACUCUCAGCACCAUGAACCCAAGCGCUGUCCUGGUUUUCUGCCUCAUCCUGCUGAGUCUGAGUGGGACUCAAGGAAUCCCUCUGUCGAGAACAGUACGCUGCUCCUGCAUCAAAAUUGAUGACCGACCAGUAAAACCGAGGGCCUUAGGAAAACUGGAAAUUAUUCCUGCAAGCCAAUCCUGUCCACGAAUCGAGAUCAUUGUCACAAUGAAGAAAACUGAAGAGAAGAGAUGUCUGAAUCCAGAAUCUGAGGCCGUCAAGAGUUUGUUGAAACUGAUUAGCAAAAACAGGUCUAAACGAGCCCCUUAACCAGACAGCAGCUGAUCACCGCAGGGCUGUGACCAACAGGCGGCGGCAGAGAGCCUCUCUCUCCAUCCCUUCCCUUUCCAUGGUGUAUGGCUAGCCUUAAUUGUCCCUGGUUCUCCUGAAAGGUGACCAACCAUGGUCACAUCUGCUGCUAUUCCUGGUGAUGUCAGGCCACUAUUCCUGAAGGACGAUGGACAGUUCAUCAUCCUGAGACAAUAGUAACUCCAGUGAUAAGAGUUCCCAGCUCCACUAAGAGCUGGUCCUGAGUUCUCAAACAGCUGCACUAGCUCUCCUGGCCCUGUACUGUAAGCUAUGCUGAGGUGCUACACCCCCAGCCUUGUGCCAAGUCCUGCCUGCUCCCCACACACUCCUCAUCUUCCUAUCUUAGGUGUAUUAGGAGAUCUCUUCAGUUCUGAGUUACCUGGGUUCAUUUAUUUCAAAUACAGUCAAAGUAAGACUACCACCUGCCUGCUUCUAAGAACAAACUUUACUUCACGGUGUACUGCCCCAUCUUCCCAAGGGAACUUCAUAACUCAGAAUACUUACAGGAAGCUAAAAACAUAUGGAAAUGUGUGUAUAAAUAUUAUUUAAUGAACAACUGUACAAAGUAGAAUUCCUAGAUGUAUGUUUUUUUGUACGACUUUUAUUGUAUACAGUAGAACUUGUGCAAUUAAGUAUGUAUCAGUGAACAAUUGAGAAGUUUAUAUAGACAAGUGCUUCUGAAUGUUACAUAACACAAAAGUGUUGGAUGGUUUUCAAAGUAAAAAUAAUGUACUGUA